AUGCUCAGCCGAAACGCACGCGCUGCUCUUAGCAGAACUCGACUACUGUCGGAUCAUCUGGUCCGAAGCUCUACUCCUCGAAUUCGAACUAUAUCGUCUAGUGCGGUGAAGCACACUAUGGUAACCAGCGUGCAGACGAACGAGGCAUAUGCACCUUUUGCGCAUUAUUCACAAGCGAUUAGAGCCGCAGGUCAAGUCUGGCUAUCCGGUCAGAUACCCGCAGACGCGCAGGGGAAUUUGAUUAAAGGAACAAUGACCGAGCAAACUAAAGCUAUAAUCAAGAAUACCGAAGCUAUCUUGAAGGCAUCGGGCACUGGGUUAGACAAAGUCGUCAAAGUAGUGGUAUACGUAAAAGAUGUCAAUGUGAUGCCAGAAUUCGCAUCUGUUUAUGACCCUGCAUUCCCGCAUCGCCCUGCACGCAGUUCUUUGCGCAAGUAUGAUGCUAAGGUUGUCGUGCGAGUCCCGCAAAUGGCAGAGUCCAUUACGGAGGGAACCCUCAGCCAGUUUUCGAAGAAAGUCGGGGAUUUUAUCGAAGCGGAUGAAGAGCUAGCCACGAUUGAAACCGAUAAAAUCGAUGUCUCUGUGAAUGCCCCGCUGGCGGGAAUCAUCCAGCGGCUUUUCGUUGCCGAGGGAGAUGUCGUCAACGUUGAUCAAGAAAUUGCAGAGAUCCAGGCUGGAGGGAAACAGUCUACAACUCAAAAUGAAAAGGAAAUCUCAAAGCCUUCGGAAAAAAUUGCCGAUUUAUCGCCAAAAUCGCAAGAUAAAACUGCAAGCCACACUUCGUUGCCCGUGCUAGAAAAACCAACGUCCAAGCCCCCUGGGCCAAAUCCUGAUGUAGCACCUCGCGAGGAGCCUCUUACAAAGACAGAAAAGCCUGCCCCAAAUACUUCAUCGGUUGCACAGUCCAACACAUCUUGGGGAUUUAGACCCAGCCGCGCAGAAGAGAAGGCAAGUCUACAUUGUUCCUUCUGGGCGAUAUACAUCAAGUCCAAACCUACAAUUACACUAAAGCGCACUUCAGAACGCCUCAAAGAAUCGCAGAAUACCGCCGCCUUCCUGACCACCUUUAACGAAGUCGACAUGUCCCGGCUAAUAGAACUCCGAAAGAAUAACAAAGAUGCCAUCAUGGAAAAGCAUGGCGUUAAACUCGGAUUUAUGGGCUUCAUGGCUCGAGCAUCUGCGUUGGCUCUGAAAGAGAUCCCCGCCGUAAAUGCAUCUAUCGAAAACGAUGAUACCAUCGUGUAUCGGGACUACGUUGAUCUUAGCAUUGCCGCAUCUAUCCCGAAGGGGCUUGUCACGCCCGUAGUGCGAAAUAUUGAAUCCAUGGGGAUCUUGCAGAUCGAGAAAGCGAUUGGAGAGAUGGUGAAGAAGGCUCGGGAUGGCAAGCUGACUAUGGAUGAUAUGACGGGCGGAAGCUUCACAAUCAGCAACAGUGGAGUCUGGGGAUCGCUCUUUGGAACCCCCAUUAUCAAUCUACCACAGACAGCCGUGUUGGGGACUUACGGUACUAUGGAUAGACCCAUCGCAGUCAAUGGUCAAGUCGAGAUCCGUCCUAUGAUGUACGUUGCUCUGACUUAUGAUCACCGGAUCAUUGAUGGACGGGAAGCAGUCAAGUUCUUGGUUCUGGUUAAGAAGUACUUGGAGAGCCCGGAGUCUAUGAUGCUUGAGCUAUAG